GCUAUCCUCCUUCGCUACGCAAACUAGCAAAUGUUGUUCAAACUCUUGUUGGACUUAUAACACUGCUUAAUGGAUUCUAUAUACUGUUUAUAUUGGCUGAAAAGAAUCGAAUUAAUUCCAAUAUACCAUCGUAUCUUUUAAUUUCGACGAUAUUCCGAUUUGUCGCAUGGAUAAUAGAAUAUUAUGUAGUUGCUUACGAGAGAAAUCAAAAUCAAAGAUGGAGUUAUUUUACGCAAGGAUUCUGGUACUUAGCUUUCAUUUUAACGAACAUUGAACUAUAUAAUCGACUUUCUUAUUUCACAAAACCACGCGAAGAGGAUGGACCGCCCGAAUGGGUUCAAAAUUGGAUAUUAAUGACAGUAUAUAUCUUAAGAUAUACAGCAAUCCUACUGUUAGUCAUCUGUGCUGCAGCAUUAUCGAUUUUAUGGAGACGUUCUUUUGAAGCACAAGGCUAUAAUUCAUUAAAUAAUCAAAGUCAACAUUCCCUGCCCGGAGAAAAUGCAACCAUAAAUGAAGAUGGCACGAGAUCUCCGGACGAUGUAGAAGCAUUACCUACUAAUGGGAAACCUAUUUCGAUGGCUGAUGACCCAAAAUACGCACCACCCACCACGGUUGCAGACUUCAUAUUCAAAAUGAAAAAAAUAGUACCCUUUUUGUGGCCAUCAGAUAACAUUAGGCUACAAAUUUACAUCUUAAUCUGUAUGCUGCUUUUAGUUGCUGGACGGGUUGUCAAUGUUCUGUUGCCCUAUCAAAACAAAAUCUUAAUUGAAAGACUUACCGAAUAUAAAUUUGCCUGGCAAGAAAUUUUAUUUUACGUGUUUCUGAGAUUCUUGCAAGGUGAUGUCGGUCUCUUGAAAAUUGUUCAAAAUAUUCUAUGGAUUCCUAUCGGACAGUUCACAACCAGAGAAGUAUCAGUAAAAAUGUUUGACCAUUUACUCAAUUUAUCGUUGCGAUUUCAUUUGAAUCGAAAGACUGGCGAAAUACUACGUGUUCAAGAUCGCGGAGUUUCUUCGAUCGUAUCCAUUCUUUCUUACUUUCUUUUUAAUAUUGUACCGACCCUCGUCGAUAUUGGUAUUGCAGUUAUAUACUUUACUGUCAGCUUCGAUCUCUACUUUGGAAUGAUUGUAUUCGUGACAAUGUCCAGCUAUAUCAUCGCCACAAUUGCAGUAACUCAAUGGAGAACAAAGUUUAGAAGGGAGGCAAAUUUACUUGAUAAUGCAAUGGAGGCUAAAGCUGUGGACUCAUUAUUAAAUUAUGAGACUGUAAAAUUAUACGCUGCUGAGGCAUUCGAAGUUCAGCAAUAUACGGAUGCCAUUUUAGCCUACCAAAAUGCUGAAAGGAAAUCCACUAUGAGCUUAUAUAUUUUGAAUGGCAUUCAGAACACGAUAAUUCAAAUAGGACUGGUAGCCGGAUGUUUACUUUGUGCCAAAAGAAUUACUAAAGGAGAAAUGACCGUCGGAGAUUUCAUCAUGUAUUUGACAUAUAUACUGCAAUUAUAUGGGCCUUUGAAUUGGUUUGGCACUUAUUAUCGUGUAAUACAAAAAAAUCUCGUCGACAUGGAGAAAAUGCUUGAUCUCUUGCAAGAAGUGCCGGAAGUCAAAGAUUUGCCACAAGCGCCGUCACUAAUCAUGAAAAAAGGCGAAGUAACAUUUCAAAAUGUCUCAUUUCAUUACGAUCCAAGAGUUCCUAUUUUGAAGAACAUUUCAUUUACGAUACCGAGUGGCUCAACUGUUGCCUUGGUUGGUCCAUCGGGUGGUGGAAAAUCUACCAUUUUACGCCUCCUUUUCCGCUUCUAUGAUGUGCAAUCCGGCUCUAUUCUUGUUGAUGGUCAAGAUAUUCGUUAUGUUAAACAACGUGAUCUAAGAGGCAAUAUCGGAGUCGUGCCACAAGAUACUGUUCUAUUCAAUGACACAAUACGAUAUAAUAUUCGUUAUAGCAAGAUUAAUGCGACUGAUAAGCAGGUUGAAGAAGCUGCUACUGCGGCACAAAUCCAUGAAAAAAUAUUAGGAUUUCCCGAAGGAUACGAUACUAAAGUUGGUGAGCGUGGCUUGAGGCUAAGUGGCGGUGAAAAACAGAGAGUGGCUAUUGCCAGAACUUUGUUGAAGAAUCCACAAAUAGUGUUACUUGAUGAAGCAACGUCAGCUCUUGAUACACACACUGAACGUCACAUUCAAAAAGCUCUACGCAAUAUGACAGUUAAUCGAACUACCCUGAUCAUCGCACAUCGAUUAUCAACAAUCGUCCAUGCCGAUCAAAUUCUUGUAAUACAAGGAGGAGAAAUAGUCGAACGGGGUUCACAUCAGGAACUUCUUUCAAUUCAAAAUGGUGUAUAUUACAAAUUAUGGAACAAGCAAUUAAAAAUUCACGAAAAGAUGAAAAGGGAAGCUGAACAGAAACGCGCAGCUCUAGCUGCAGCUGCUUCGGGUGCUUCUACUGAUGGCCUCACUGAUGUUGAUACACUGAUAAUGGAAGAUGAAGGUGAAACAAGCAUAUUUCAUAAUAGCGAAGAGAAUAUGCAUGAAGAUAAUGAUUUGAAUUCUGCUUUACCGGAAAGUGAUCACGCAAAUUAUGCUGAUAAUGGAGAAGAUUACGGCGACGACUGCGAUGAUGAAACAAUAGAAGGAAAAUCUAUUAACCUUAAUAACAAUAAUAAUAGAGAUCAAGAAAACGAAAGUUAA